UCGAAUAGUCUCCUGGUAGACAGUGCAUGGGAAGUCCCAGUGGUAGUGUAGCGAGCGGCCAUGUUGGAUGACUCACCAGAAACACUGAUCCCUGACUCUGCUGCAUGCCCAACCUCUUUGGAACAAAGGUGGUCUCAGCAGCCCUGUGUGACGCCCUCUGUGAGUGGUGGUGGGCACAGAGAGUCCUCAGAGAGGAUGUUCCUAUGGGCAGGAAGCAAAGGAGCUCAGGGAUCAGGAAGUGAGAGAAGGACUAUUUAUCAGAAGGUUCGGGAGUAUGACGUGCUAGACAAGAGGAAGACAGUGACAGCGCUGAAGGCUGGGGAGGACAGAGCUAUUCUCCUGGGACUCAGCAUGAUCCUCUUCUCUGUGAUGAUGUACUUUGUGCUGGGCAUUACCAUGGUGCGCUCCUACUCAGACAGUGUGUGGACGGAGGAAUCCAGCUGCACUGUGCUCAACUCCACCAUCGUGGCGGAGAUUAACUGUACCUACAGCUGCGGCUCUGAGUGCUGGAAAAGCUCCAAGUACCCAUGCCUACAGGUGUUUGUCAGUCUCAACACAUCCGGAAAGGUUGUCCGACUCUCCCACAAUGAGGAGGCACAGGACACCAACCCAGAGUGCUUCUAUGUGCCCAAAUGCCAGAAGGACUUCAAUGCGAUCCACACUGUAGUCAUGAAAAUCUUGGAGCGUCUGAAAACACAGCAGCAGGUGCUGUGUUACAUGGACCCAGGUGAACAGCAGGACAGUGCUCUACUGACACGCAUCUAUGGACGAUUGGCAGUGUUCCACUCACUCUUUUGGCCAACCUGCACCCUCAUUGGUGGAACCAUCAUAAUCGUCAUGGUGAAGCUCACCCAGUACCUGUCCAUCAUGUGUGAACAGGUGGGCAGGAUCAAAAGGUGAGAGAAAGGCCAGGGGACAGGGGCCAGGCUACAGGGGCCAAGGGAUAGGCUACAGUAGCAGCACAAGGCCCUGGUUUUCAUACGCAGCCUAGGAACCUUAAGGAAGCUCUUUAUAUUCCAUUUGCGCUAAAGACUUGUGUAUGAGAGCUGAGAAACAGGGGAUCUGGGGGCUUAUAUUCCCCACAUGAUUCCUCUGGGUCUUCUGAGGAAAUCAAUAGGACUGAUAUGGGCUCCCGGCAGCUAUGUCAUGGCAGGUGAAAGUCAAUUACUUUGGAGCACACUGAUUCUUCCUGGGAUCUCUUUUCUGCACCUCCAUAAGUGGCACAAUCAUACAAAGUGAUGGCUUAAAAGAAGUGGCCAACACUGGACCUAAUCUGCCCUUGAACCCCUAGUCAGCAUUGAUGAUCCAUUCACACUGUGACGACAAGGCAGUGACGCCAAGAGAGUUUGACCGAGACAACUAUGUCGAAGCAUUGUCCAAAAUACUGAUCUAAACUUGGCUCCUUGUGUUACUGGUAUUGGGUGGAGGGUUACACAACUGCAGGCGGCUGGGGGCGACACCCAUAAACGAGGUGUUGACUAUCUAUGCUGUAACCCUGGGUCUGUAAAGACUCCAUUCCAAGCUAAUAGUUUGGGAUAAACACUUCCUUGCAAUAUGGUGUAGCAGUAAUUACAUAUCACAAUAGGUCUUAGUCACUAGGAUGCUUAGAUUGAAGUACAAUGCAACUUCCCAGGGCAACUGUUCAAUACAAAAUGCCUUAAUUUCUGGCCCUAAGACUGUGAUAGAUUGCUCAGCAUUUCAGACAGGAAUUCUACAGGACCUUCUCUGAAAUGGGUAGAUAUACUGAGGCAAACUGCAUUUUCAGUGCCUGGGCAUGGCUGCAUAAAACACCUUAGGUUAAUUUCCCCCUCAUAUUUUCCUUUAAAGUUUCCUUAACUUAAAUCAGUAGCGCAAAACAUUUUAAGGUGAAUUUCCCCCUUAAAUUUAGUGAAAAAGUUAAGGGUUCCAGUGAGGUCCUUUAAGUGUUUCAUUCACUAUGGAUAUCAAUGUAAACAGCAUUUGUGGAGGUGAAUGUUGCUUUCAUUUGCUCUGGUGACAAAAGGAAAACAUCAACCAGCUAGCUACUUAGCUAAACAAUGGAAGGUGCACAAUCCAUGGAUACAAAGAUAGCUGGCUAGUUUGCUAUAGCUACUCUGUAAACUACUGUGGCUUGACGUAAUAUAAAGCAAUAAAAACAAGUUGAGAAAAAAGUAUCUACAAGAAACUCGGUUUAUUAUCUUCUGAAGCAAUUUGGUUAUCCUGUCUUGAUUGUAGAGGUUAUAUUUUGCUUUCUCACAAAAUCAAAGCAUCUCUUUGACCAGGCAUUUAUUCCGUGAAUCAGGGUGUCUCCAUGGUAACAAGAUACUCUUUCUGCCCUACAUGCCUUCAAACUACCAUAGAACCCCUUUAAGUAUGCCCUUAACUAAUACAAUAUUUGAGGGGCGCUAUGCAACGCCCUUAAACAAUUCCCUUAGGCAAGGGGAAAGUAUUCCUUAAGGUAAACCCUUAAAGGAAACUCUUAAGAUGUUUUAUAUAAAACAUCUUUAGUAAAUUCCUUACCUUUAAGUCAGUUGCCCUGGUUGCAAAAGGAAAAUAUCAACCAGCAAGUUAUGCCUUUACCUAAGGGCAAUGAUUGAGGUGCUCUAUGCAACGCCCUAAUAGAAUUCCCUUAAGUAAGUGGAAAUGAUUACUUAAUAAGGGAAAGCCUUAAGGGAAACACAUAAGAUAUUUUAUGCAACCAGGCCCUGGAGCACACAUUUAUUUGAGAAGAAGCACAAAUCCAUGAUGGAAAUGAGUCAUGGCACGUUUUACCACAAAUAUUUACAGAAUGAUGAUUGCACACAUUCAGACCAAACGGGGUAAAUAUUGACAAUAUUUCAUUAUUGGUUCCAUGAUCACUAUUAUUACUGUUUGUUAAUAUUAUUUUGCUGUCACUGUCAUCUUAUGUGGUCAUCAGCAGUUUGCCCUGACUAUAAUUGUUACAUUAUUGACUGUUGCUUACUUAUCAAUUGAUACAAACCAAUUGUAAAUGCAAUUUUGUCUUGCAUUCAUACAUUUAAAGACAAACUCCACAAUUACAGAACAUCCCUGGUUUAUUUUUAGUGAUUAUUGGGUUGGUCAAAGUAGUUAAAAGGUUCAAGAAAUCCACCAAAAAACUGAGCCUUAGUAUAAGAGUAGUCUGUUAACUGUGAAACCAAGUCAAAUGUAUUGGUAUACUGCCUUACUUUAUGAUUGAUAGAGUGUGUGGGUGAACAACUCAUGUCUGUCCUCCAUUAACCCUACAGUCUACUGUACAGCACGGUCCUUGGGAUUUGAAGAGUUUCAUUCCAAAAUGCUAUAUAUCCAUUUCCAUUAGCUUUUGUUGUUUAAAGAAAUUGUAAAAGAGAUUGAGGUGUUUUUUUUACUAUCUAGUCAUAGUUUGGGGUUGUUCAAUGACAGACAUGUAGUUGUUUAAAAUAUAUCACUUGAUGGUUUCAUUUUAGUGAGACAAAUAAUCAUGUUUUCUUUGCAAAAUGCUAUAUAUCCGCCUCACUCAGAGAAAUAAGUAGUACUGCUAGGAUUUACACAGUGAAAUGUAACAAAUAAUUACAUUUUUAAUAAAGAACUGUACACAUUUGUGACAUCAAUAUAUUUAAAAAAUAUGAAAUAAUUCUAUACAAUAAUAUGAGAUUUGUAUGUAAAACUAUUACAUUUGUAAUUUAGCAGAUGCUCUUAUACAGCGUGACUUAUAGUAAGUGCAUUCAUCUUAAGAUAGCUAGGUUAGACAACCACAUACUGUAUCACAGUCAAAUAUACAAGAUACGAGCAUUCUAUUCCAGCUAAACAAUGGAUAUAUAGCGUUUUGCUAAAAACACAAUUUCAUGCACAUCUAAAAUCUAUUCAUAAAAAUCUGAUAACAAUAACAUUUUACAAACACAUGAAGGUACCCAUAAGCAACCAUUUAUGAUUUUAAAAAACACAAAUGCAAAAAAUGUGUGAAUAUACUGUAGCAGUACUUGACUUGGACUGAAAUAGGUUCCUGUACUCAUUUUGAAGCUCCGCAAUACUUUUGAGCUAAUAUUCUAUAAGAGGAACAGGACCACAAGCAGUAGAA